AUGGCGACAGUUGUUGGAGCUACAGGGCCAUCUGCAACAAUGGCAAGCUCUUCAUUACCGGCCAAAUAUUUCCCGUUCCCGGAGAGCAUGUCGCCGUUACCGUCCGCCCUCAAGAAAGGAAUGCUGGUGCCAGGGACGAUUGGUCUCUUGUCGGCUGCCUCGGCCAUUGGCAUGCUGCUCUUCAUCAUCUAUAGAUUCUUGACAUGGCGUGCUCAUUACAAAACCUUCGUCGGAUACAAUCAGUAUGUGGCGUUGAUUAUCAAUCUGCUGUGCGCGGACCUAUUACAAGGUGUCGCGUUCAUGUUCAGUUAUCAUUGGGUGUUCACGGAUGGCAUUGUCGCACCUUCAGUAAAGUGUACUAGCCAAGGAUUUCUUCUAAAUGCAGGAAACCUGUCUUCUGGCUACUUUGUGAUGGCUAUCGCUCUUCACACCUUCUAUGGUGCUGUCAAGGGCCGUCACCUCAGCCACACCGUCUUUUAUUCUGCUCUCGCCGGUGGCUGGUUCUUUGCUCUUUUCCUAUCUGCCAUGGGACCUAUACUCCACGGAAACCAUUACUAUGUGAGAGCAGGUGCAUGGUGCUGGGCAGCCCCCGAGUUUCAGACAGAACGUUUGGCCUUUCACUACAUCUGGAUUUUCGUAGUCCAGUUCGGAACCGUGGUCAUCUAUGUGCUGAUCUUCCUCCACCUCAAAAAUACAUUGACGACCAUCCUGCCAUCUUCACACUCGACCACACACGCCAAGGUCGAUAGAGCUGCACGCUUGAUGCUGAUGUUCCCACUCGCCUACAUCAUCCUCACGUUACCUCUUUCCGCUGGACGUAUGUGGAGUAUGGCACAUCACCAGUACACAGUCCACGAAGGCUACCAACUCGCUUCUGGAGCCCUUAUCGCUUGCUCUGGAAUGGUAGACUGCCUUCUCUACACACUCACCCGUCGAAGCCUAGUCCAAUCUGCCAACUCCUCCGAAACCAAGAGCACAGCCAGCGGUCUCGACAGCUACGAUCUCUCUCGCCUCAACGGGAUCACACAAACGCGCACCGUCACCGUCACCGGCGACAGAGUCUCUACCAUCUCCAGCACCACACGUGUCAGUGACGACGACGACGACGCAUAUUCCAUGCGCACCAUCUCCACCAGCCCGAAGAAGAAGCACCAUCACCUUAGAGAACCACCCCGCACACAUUCGCCCACAGGAUCCAUAGACAGAAUCAUGGGAGUUGAAGGUCUAGAUCCCAGAAAACCGCUACACAAAGUACAGAUCUCUACAUAUGAGGCUAGAAUCUCUGAAGACGUGGAUAGUCUGAGGGAUAGCGAGAGAUCGGAUUCGCCUGUCAAUGUCAUGAGGGGACUUGCCAAAAUGGUCAAGUUGCCUAAUUUGGUUGAUAGGAAGUAG